AUGUCUCUCAUAUACCAUCAGCACCGCCAUCGUCCCACGUUCAUCGCCCUACAGAUCCAGAGGUACCUUGGCAAAGGUGCGUUUGGCUGCGUGAAGGCUGCCACACGCAGGUCGAGCAAUAGGCAGGUGGUGGUGAAGUUCAUCAAGAUCUCGAAAAUUCGUUCAGACGGCUGGAUUGAUUAUAGUAGAAUUAGCGGGAUGCUACCUUAUGAGGUGUACAUUCUGAGCCACAUCCAACAUCCCAAUAUCGUUAGGAUGCUGGACUUCCACGUUGGCCUCCACUACAUGCAGCUGGUCAUGGAGAAGCAUGGCGACGGAACCGACCUCUUCGACUUCAUUGAGAGGUGCACUACCAGGUCCGAGGAACUCGUUCGCUACAUCUUCAGACAGAUCGCAACAGCGGUGAAGUUCUUGCACGACAGUCGCAUAGUGCACCGCGACAUCAAGGACGAGAAUAUCAUAAUCAAUGAGAGUUUCCACAUCAAACUCGUCGAUUUCGGCUCAGCUGCCAUCUACAGGAAGUGGACCUUGUUUGACAGUUUCUGUGGCACCAUGGAGUACUGCCCGCCUGAAGUCAUCAAGGGUGAAAAGUAUAAAGGUCCCGAGGUGGACGUGUGGGCGCUUGGCACGACCCUGUUCACGCUCUGGAGUCUGGAGAGUGCCUACCUCUCUAAGGAUGAUGUCAUUCUACACAAACGUGCGCCACUGCCUCCUGAUACGUCGCUAGAUCUGGCGUUUCUGAUUGGCUGGAUUCUGGCACGUCCGAAAGAAUUUAGGCCUACCUUGGAUCAGGUGAUGCGCAACCGCUGGUACAACCAGCCGACGGACAUUUCCAAAUUUAAGUACAGCGAGGUUUGCGCUCCAAAGAAACGUAAGUGA